GUCAGGGUAUGGUAUGCGUGCUAGCCCUAAUUUCUUCUCCCUUCUUUUGUCCUUCUUCUGUCGAUAACAGCCCGCGAAGUAGACAUCUUCUGUUCACUUAGUCUUUCUUUGAUGGUGUCUGCUGUCGAUCAAUUGAUCCAACUUGAAGCAUUCUUUAUAUAUCAUAUUCAUAUCCAUAUUCCUAUUCACUCCUUGACAACAUUGAACACCAAUAUCAAGCUUGACAUAUCACUAACCAACAGAAUAACAACCCAAAAGACAAGAAAGCCAAACAAAAUCAAGAUAGAAAACAAGAGACAACAAGAAAGAAAAGAUGAACCUCCUCACCCUCCUCACCCUCACCCUCACAACCACCGCCCUCGCCAUCGAAGACCCAACACCCACAACCCUCCUCCCUCGCACCACUGCCCUCUCUUCCCCCCUCGCAAACGCCUCAUCCUCCGCCGCCGCCAACCUAGAAUACGACACCUGUCCGCCCUCUCACCGCUCCAAACAGUGCUGCACCUCUAUCAACAGCAUCUCGGAUUCCCUCUUCGGCAAGAUCGGCAAGCUGAUUCCUAUCCUGAAGGAUGUGAAGAUCUCUUCGACUGCGGCGUUUGAUUGUAAGGGGAUGAAUGACAAUGACCCUCAUGAUCAGUGCCUUAUGGAUGUCAUGUGCUGUGGCGGGGUCUCGAAUAAUCUGGACCAAAACUCCUACAAAAUUCAAUGCAAACCCUACGACAAAGCCAUGAAAGACAAAGCAAAGGGCAAGGAACAAGGCGACGAUCAUCCCCUCGCUGAUGCGCUGGGUAGGGCCAGUUCCGCCGAUGGUUAUUGGCAUGAUAAUGUGGCGAGUUCGACGCCCGUUCCGACUCCGUUGGCUGGGCAAAGUCGGACUCCUGGGGUGGGGUCUGCUGCUGCUACGCCUACGCCUGGGGGGGUGUAAAGGUGGGCUUUAUGGAGGGGUUGUAUGGAUGUGCACUGGGUAGAUAUCUUUGUUGGUGGGUGGUUGGUUUGUGUAUGGCUGGUUGAUUGCUUGAGUUGGGUUGGCUCUUUCUGUCGGCUCUGCUUUUCUGGAUCUAUAUGCGAUAUGUUUAUAUAUUUUUCAGUCAAUGUUCUUGUACCAUCUACUUUAUCUUUGCUGGAUCUUUG